AUGCCUUACAACACUACAGCAAUCCCUCCUCGUAAGGAGCCUACAGGACAAAACCAACUUCCUCUCUCAAGAGUCAAGAAGAUCAUCGCACAAGACCCCGAGAUCGGUCUCUGCUCUAACAAUGCAGCCUUCGUGAUAACCCUCGCUGCUGAGAUGUUUGUCCAGCAUCUGGCAGAGGAAUCACAUACCCAAGCCAAGCUAGACCGCAAGCCCCGUCGAAACAUCCAGUACAAGGACGUCGCAUCUGCCGUCGCUCAUCAUGACAACCUUGAAUUUCUCGAGGACACUGUACCAAAGACGGUGCCUUACAAGAACAUCAAGGCUUCUGCCGCAGCGACACGGGCACGUCUCCAAGGUGACAACAACAACAACCAGACUAUUAAUUUCCCAAUGGCAAACGGCGCUAAGAAGCCUCAUGUGAACGGCAAUUCCAUGGGCGCCUCUGCGCAUCUCAAUGACCCAGAAGAUGAUCCCAACUCACAGCUGGAGAUGGAGUCGAGACAGAACAGGGACGGAGACGUGGCCAUGACAGGCUAG